CUUACUUAUAACUGAUGGUGCACAAACGUUCCGCAUUUGUGUUUCUAGAGGUAGUCUUCUAUUUCAUGGCUUUUAAAUGUGUUUUGAAAAAGCCGGGCGCGUUCGUUAUUUUGGAGUUUGUUUUGUAUGUGCGUGUCUAUAAUAACUGAUGUGAAAGCGAAAAAAUGUUUAAGUAUCUAUACAUUGUGUUUCGACGGGUGUACAAGUUAAUAUAGAAUGGAUCUCGAUGGUAACUCGCGUUAUCGCACGGAAAACGGUGUGUGACCUAUUAAAGUUAAUCAACGCCUUGUCAACAGAAGCAGCAUCUUCUUCAUUACGUACUAUCGCCGCUUUCAAGCACUUAAUCAUGUCGGGACAUCUGGAGACGGAAUCAGGUGACCUCACUGCCGGCGAUCACAGACAACCCAGAGCGCUGAACGUUUGCCGUUCUGACGUUGGUGACGACGGCAUCGACAAGUCGCGAAUUCUGAAGACGAUUGUGUGCGGUCAAGUUAACAAAGAAACGGCAGCGGAACCUCGUCCAAUCAGGUCGAUUUCCGGUUUCCCGGGUAAAGAUGACGUUACGAUUGAACUUCGACCUUUCAAGCACCAAGUUGGAGGUCACACGUGCGUUCUGGAGAUUGGGCAGACGACAAUCUGUAAACCGUACGUCGAGCGGGAGAGCUGGUUCUAUGCGAACGCCCCGGACGCAUUGAAGCAAUUCAUUCCAAAGUAUUUAGGUGAGACUUACGUAAGCUGCGAAGUGAAGGAUUCACGGAAGUGCCUCAUGGCGACCGUGCCGCGCGCGCUGAUAAAAAACGACGACAUGUCCCGCUACGAAAACGCGGGCACGUGCGACUUCCUGGUUGCCAAGCGACGGAAGAAGCAGCCGAAAAGCGACGUACUGACGAAUGAUUGUAUACUCCAAGAGACUCCGAAACUCCGCUCAUGGAGUAGCACGUGCGUUGAAAGACAGAUCAGUCGCUAUGGAUUCUGGGCCAACAACCAGCCUCAACGUUUUAUCAUGCUUGAAAAUCUCGUCUGGGACUGCGUCAAGCCGUGUCUUAUGGAUCUAAAAAUGGGCAAACGACAAUUCAGCGAAAAUGAAAGCGAGGAAAAGCGGAUGUUGAAAGAGCGCAGGUGCACGGAAACCACUUCCGCCUCGCUGGGUUUUCGAAUCUGCGGGAGUCAGAGUUAUCGGAUCCAAACAUCCACCUACACUUUCCAUGACAAGUACUACGGGCGUUCACUUAACGAGCUUGGCACAAAAGAGGAGCUACGUCAUUUCUUUCACAACGGCCUCUUUCUGCGAUGUGACGUCAUAGAAAAAAUUAUUGAGAAAAUUGUGUCACUCGAACGUGUUCUUAAUAAGGAAAAACAUUUCCAUCUGCAUUCCACAUCGUUGCUGCUGUUAUAUGACGGGCAUGUUGCUGAUGACGUCAUCAGUGUCGCUAGCAAUCACGUCAUUAAAAAGAAAGAUGUGACGGAUGUGAUUCGGAAAGUAGAUGACAAUAAUAUUUCUAUUAGCUCAUUAUCCUACGGUCUUUCGACUCCGUCAGUGUGUUCGAACGAAAAUACAAAUAGUGAUGUACGAAAUAAAGCGCUGACGUUAAAUCCAAUCAUUGACGUUAAAAUAUCGUCAAGCGUCUCGCCAAAACGCGAGUCAUGUUUCGACCACUGUGAUAUCUCUGACAGUGGAACGGUCGGCAAAGAGCAUCGCGCUUUUUCUCACGUCGAGUCCCUGUCCGUGGAAAAAUGCAUCGUCGACGUCCUACGAAGUGAAAAUAAUCACGUAGAAAACGCGCCGGUGCAAACUCCAAACAUGUCGAGACGGAAUGUAGAAAGCAUAGAAAUUCCUUCAGAAAUUAACACGAUUGUCACAAAGACAUUACAUUCGGAUCACGUGACACAUGCUAGUAAACAGCGAGUGUUCACUUCCAAUGCUGAGCAACAAUGUAGGGUCGAUAUGAGGUUAAUAGACUUCGCUAAUGCUAGUGAUAAAACGUCCGACAUGGAGAAUGGAGAGAAUCGACCGAUUCUGUUUGGAUUAGGAAACCUUAAGGCUAUUCUCAAUGAAAUUCUCAAAGAAGAGAUCCAUAAUCAGUAACUGGUAGCAGAACAAUGUUGACACGAAAUUUUCAAGGAUAUAGGCCAUAUAUAUUUUCCUCUAUGUUUAUCAUUAUCGGGCCUAUUAGUGUAUAGUAUCAUCAUUGCAGUGUUUUCAUUUUUAAUCGAUUGGCGAUCCGUAUCAUCGGUUGAAAAUCUUUAAAAAUCGGUUGUUUUUUAUCCGAUAGUGAAAUAAAUUUAGUGGUGUCACACCGCACCGUUUUUAUGAAACAUUGUUGACGAUUCGUCGGUCUAAAACGAAAGAGCUAAUCAGAAGCGUUGUAACAUAAAUAUUUCACGCCGCGCUGUUUUUAAAAAAUCGUUGACGAUUCGUCGAUCUAAAAUGAAAGAGCCAAUCAGAAGUGUUGUAACAGUAACCAAUGUAAAUUCAGCAUGGAGUCUGAUCGUGGAAAGAAAAGAAUAAUGAACCCUUUAGAUUUCGGAUUUAAGCUAAAUCUGGUUAGAAAGAAAAUUACACAGUUGAUUUCCUUCCUGUUUAUUUUGUUAGUUAUUGUUCAAUAACUAUCUGUUAUAUUUGUUUUUGUUCUCAUUAUCAUUUUGCGCUGUUUUAGAUCGGCUUCGUUCACGAUUGUUGUUACUUUUCUUAGUGCCGUUUGUUGUUAUGGUUUUAUCGCUGAAAAGAGGGUAAGUUUUCCGCAUUGUCAGAAUUGAACUUUUUAUAGUUUUCCACAAUCACCCUUGUUUAAAGUUGUUGUUUUUUCUUUGCUGCGUUUUUUUUCAUAUAGAUCCAGUUUUAAAUUAAGUUAGGAUUAAAAACUUCUUACAUUAUUACUUCGUUUUGUCACUGUAAUGGAGCACUAAGGACAAUUCCAUAAAUUUAUUACAUGGGGAAAAAUCUAAAUUGUCUGUAAUUGGACCUGUAACAGGAAUUCUGAAAUAGGAUGUCCUAGUUGUCCGAGUCGUCAAUUUCCCCUUACGGACAAGCAGUUUUCCAAAGCUGGCUUGUCCGGGGACAAGUAAAAUUUCUGUGGUAAACAUUUUUCGAGAACGAAACUACUUCCUUUUCCGAACAUCAAAAUGAAAGUUUAUAUAAAUAGCUAAUGUUAAUCUGCGGACUGGCACACGUUUUCAACUGCAAGGUAGGUAAUUUUCCGAUAAUAAUUAGUUAAUGUAGUAAACCAGUAAAUACCACGCGUAUAUAGCAACGGCCAAUCACGGAUAAGAUAACAGUUUUAGUAGAGAAACCAGCGCAAAUGUGUAUAGCCACAGCCAAUCAUGCAUAAGAUAUCAUUUUUGUAUAUUGCAAAUGGCCACAUAAAUGUUCUACCGACAUGCAUUUUAUUUUAAUAAACUGAGUGAUGAGCAGAGGUUAUUGGUCAAAGAAAAUAUAUCAAAAGACCAGUGCAGUAUUCAGUGAAGUUUAUGGGACCAGGGUAGAUAUUCUAGUCACACACAUUAAAUGAGACUCAGUUAAGUCAGUUUAAGGUGUUUUCAUUGAUUUGUGUAAACAUAAGUUGUAACUAAUCAAUUUAAACAGAAUUGUUAAAUAGGUUUAGAAAGUACUAAACAAAUUAUGAUAUUCAAUAGUUUUGCAAUAAAACAUUUCUUUUAGCUUUUACCAUUGGAGGAAUCUUAAUUAUUCAUAUUUUUUCCGCAAUGGUGAUACCAAAUAAAUUUGUAUGACCUUAUUUUUUACCCAUGAACAGCUACUUGUGCUAUUUGAUUAAGGGACCAUUAAAAAUAAUUCAAAUUUGGAUCAUUUUUCAGUGAUUUAUUUUGUGUGUCAGUUUAUCUCCUACAAUUACUUUAUUUGACAAUCUAAAAUACAUUUACGAAGUGUCUGUUGACAUGCCUAACUCAUAUAAUUUAACACCGAAAGCAAUAUCCAUGGAGAUUUUUUAUAUUUACAUGUGUUCAUUUUACAAGAUAUGUAAAGAAUUCGGUAUGUGUGUAACAUAAGAUCCAAAUAAAACAUUAUUGGGUUUGGUUAUACAUGUUAUUAUAUAUUUUGUUUAAGAAUGUUAGUAUAUCCUGUUUUAUUUAACAUUAUACUGUAUUAUCGUUGUAUGAUAACAAACUGCCAACAUUUGAAAUAUGUACCUUUACAUUGUAUUUUGUAUCUUGAUUUAUUUUAUUUUUAUUUCAUGUUUUCUCUCAAUUCUGACACUGUAGAUAUAUAGGUGUAUGUGUUAUAUUAAGUACUUUAUUUAAAUUCUCUUUUGUUAUUACUGUUCAAUUCUGUAGAAUAUACUUUCAGAUCAUUUAAAGUACAUGUGAAAUCUAAAAAUCCAGUUUGCUUAUACAUGUAAUUUUUUAUUUCAUUCUUUAUUUCUUUUCGUAUCAUGUCUACAAAUCAUAAAGGUAGCAAUAUCGAAUCGUGAUUUGAAAUAUUGUUCAUAUGUUGUUGUUUUCUUCCAUUUUUGCUGAAAUUUUAGUGUUUUACUGUUUAUACGUUUUAUUAUGAUUUAUGCCUGUAUUUAUUUGUUCUUUAAAAAAAAUACAGACGUGCCUUAUCAUUAACUUGUCCAUUAAUAUACAUUAAAUUAUUAAUCCUGUCAGUGGUCAAUCACCAAGUAGACCUUUUAAAUACUUUAUUAAAAGGUUGUAUUCCAUAAAUAUAACAUAGACUGGUAUGUUCAUGUCGGCGGCGUAAGGUUGUAUUCCAUUAAUAUAACAUAGACUGGUAUGUUCAUGUCGGCGGCGUUUAUGUAAAAUAUGUUUCCCAUGAAUAAAUGCACAAAUGAAAUGCAGAAAAAUACUAUUCAAGACUUAAAUAAAAUCUGCGUAUAAGAAGCACAGAGUUAACAUGUGUUAACUAACUAAUGUUAACAUGUGUUACCUAACUAAUGUUAACAUGUGUUACCUAACUAAUGUUAACAUGUGUUAACUAACUAAUGUUAACAUGUGUUAACUAACUAAUGUAAACAACCGGUAGGCUGCAGCGCUAGCAGCAUAUUUAUAGAUUUAAAAAUAGCGCGAUACAAUGAAUGCCGCAAUAAAGAGAGGUCUGAGUAUAUAUUUUUUAUAUUUUGUAUAGUUUUCUAUGUGUUUGCAUGUUUCUAUGAAAAAUAUUAUUAUAUUUAAGCAUAAUAGACAUCCAAACAAGAGACACGUAAAACUGUAUUUAUGUACAUAUAUUAUUUUAUCAACGGUAUAACAUAAUGUGUUUAAAAGAACUGCAUGUGUAUAACAUUUAUUUUAUUGUGUACAUAUAAUGUAACAUUCUAUUCUUGUUUCUUCUGAUUAAAUGUAUAUUUUUGAAUAAAAAUAGUGUUUGUUA